AGCGUGAAGAGACUUGUUUCAUUUGAAAAUCAGCUGUCAAAAUUUUUGUGGAUGUGUGUCUAAUGAUGGCUGAACGUUCAUUGGAAACUAAUCAGUCUUAAAACGUUUAUGACGUUUUUGAUCCAGGUUUGUCGAGGGAGUGGCAGUACCCUACGUAUUUUUCCUCCAUCACUCAUUCAUUUCAUUGAAUGCCAUUUGACCCUCGUUAUUGCGGGAAGCCAUGCCAGGCGGGGUAUUAUUCCUGCAGUAGACACCAGGGUAUAUGCAAAACAGAAGCACACUCUGUAUCACGACUAAUAUAUAUAUACUAGGUGAUUCCGUCUCAACGGCGUUCAAACACUCAGCAAAAGGGAAUUUUGGAGGACUAUCCUGGACCGAAAAUGGGGCAUGGUUCAUUUUUCUGGGAGUAUGUACAAAAGAAAGGCGCCGUUUGUGGAGGGCUAUAUCACGACUAAUAUAUAACAUUGCUAAACUCAUUUACAAAAAAUGGAACGAACAAGAGGCAUGUAGGCUUACUUAGAUCUACUGCACUUGUGGUGGAGUUUUGCUUUCCCUGUAUAGCCACUGAAGUCCCCUCAUAACAACAUUGUACGUGUGGUACUGACGGCCAUAUAUGCCUUAAUGCAGAUAUUGUAAAUGUUGCAGAUUUAUUUGCAUAUGAUAGGUCGAGGAUGAGUCACCGUAAGCUUCGUGUGACAGAGUCUGAUCAUAGACUUGCAGUGGGUGCUCUGUUGAAGCCUGAGGUUCUCCCAACUCGUUCGUCAAUAUCACCAACUCCACGUUCUCUCAGAGGGCACACCCCUUCUUCUGUGCGCUUUUCUGAUGCUGCGGAGAGCCACCCGUAUUCCAGUACUUUUGAGGAUGCACCAACGGAAACCAGAACUGUUUCUCUGUGGAGCGAUAACUUUGACUCUGCUGUGACUUGCAGGACAUCAUACACAGACACUUUUGUUAGCAAAUCCAGUGUUAGAGCGUCUGAAUCGCAGGCGUCCUUGUCAAGGAGAUCACUUCAAUCUCUGGAUGAUUCUAGUGUCGGAGCAUCAUACUCUGACACUUUUGAGGCCACGUCAUCAAACCAGCUCUCAAGGACACAGGAUGUUUCACAAUUAGGUUAUAGCUUGUACUCUUCUGAGGCAGACAGGGAUAGUCAGAGCACAGUGAAGUCUGUGAUUGACUCCCACAGGAGGUUAAGAACUGAAGACACACAGGGUAGUCUUGUUAUCAGAUAUGAUUACACCGACUCAUUUGAGACAUCAGAUUUAAGUCCAUCUGAAGAGGAAAGCGAAACUGGUCUACCAACCAUCAGUGAGGACGAUGCUCGCUAUGAAUUUGUCAGGCGUCUUCUGGACAGAUUGAGAGGCGAGAAGGAUGAGGGCUUGAGGAAGUCGGCAGGAUCCAUAUCACAGCACUCAGAAAAGACAGAGUCAGCAAAGAUGCUUAAGGCCAAUGAUGUCAGUACAUCCUCAAAGUACUGCAAGGAGAAAAUCAAACUUCUGAAGAGGAAGAAAAAAUAUGGAAUGGAUUGUAGGAAACAGAAAGAUAGCAGCCCAGUUGAGGAGAAGGUGUCAGUAACAGAAUACGGCUUCCAUCCUUCUAUUAUAGAAAAGCUAAAAACUAAAAGUUUUAUGGCUGCCAUGGAAAAGGCAUCCAAAGCUGAAAUCCACGAGCCAAGACAUUGCAGAGACUGCAGGGUUGUGCUGGAGGAAAUCGAGGAAAGGGAACAAGAAAAAAUAUUCAUCCGUGGAAAAGUGGCAGAUCUUCAGAGAAAAAUAAUGGAGGAUAAAAUAUGUAACCACUUGGUGAAAAUGGAUUCCAUCUCACUGAUAGCAGAUAUUUUACAAGAUUUGCCCCGAAUGAGUGACAGCCCUGCUGUCAUCAGUAAACGUUUGAACCAACCACUGACAGACCAUCUGGAUGUUCUACACAGACAAACCUUACAUGUACCUCCUGAGAAAUCCUCUAGUAGUACAACAUGAAGUUGUAUAUCUGUCACAGCAUUCGACAUCUGCAAUGCUUUGUCCAAAGAUAUGUUACGGGUACUAAAUAUGUAUAUUUUGUUUUACUUAAAGACAAAUUUAUUUAUAGAUCUUUUUCUGAAACCUUAAAGAUUACAGGCUUAGCUUGGCUGACCUAGGCUGGGUGUAAUAUAAGCUCUAAAAAUUAUUUUAAUGAAAGGUCAGUCUGAUUUUGUAAAAAAAUCUAAUUUUACGUUUAUAAUGCUCCAGCAUUAACAAUGAAACAAAUGCCUCUGGCAUCUUUACUGAAAGCUCCUUGGCCAGGUGUCUAAUUAGCCAGUUACCAAAAGUCCUAAAUGUGUCGUGUAUUGACACCAUGUUAACUCAUUGUUUACUUUACGUGUAUGAUUAUCAAGGAUUUAAAUUAGACUGCAUAAGAGAAUGUGAUUCCAAAGAUUGUGGUCGCAAGAACAGAGUUACAGAUUGGUGUCCCUUUGUUUAGAAUAUAUGAUGGUAUGUUACAGUAAUUAGCCUAUAUUUAUCAUGACAUAGACUCAAAUGUAGGUCUUCAAAUUUCUACAUACAUGUACAUGCAAUUUAUAACUUUCAAUG